CCAAUAGGCGCUUCAACUGACAUCUGAUUGGAUCGUCACUGGUUUGUUACCCAGCGGCCCUUGUGGUGACUCAUCCACACCCAGAUGCAAGGACACCGAGGAGACUUCACCCCUGAGAAAAUGUCUCUCACUCUGGCUUUGCUGCUUCUCAGCCAAGUGGCUUUCUACACAACUGUAACAUCCAAGAAAGUGUGUGGCCGACCUCCUGUCUCUGAUGGCAUCGAUGAAUCGAUCCUAAAACGCGUGUACGAGAUUGGAGAGGAGGUGACCCUCACAUGUGGACAAGGAUACCUGCCUUCAGCGGUGACAACGAGCAGAAUAACCUGCACCGACACAGGAGAAUGGACACGGUCCAACCUGGCAUGUUCCCCCAAGAUGUGUCCGAUCCCCAGAGCUCUGCAGCCGUUGGCGAUGGGGAGGACAGAGGCUCCGUUCAAGAGUGUGCUUAACUUCACAUGUGAUGACGGGUAUGUCAUGCUAGGAGCCAAUGAAAGCAGUUGUUUACAUGACGGCACCUGGAGUAAUCCACCACCUGUCUGCAAAGCCGUGAACUGUCCCCUGGCCUUGCCACCAAGAGAUGGGAGGAUUGUCUACGAUAAGCCGAUAACUGGAUCCACCACCGCGUACGGACAGGGCUGGACGUACGAGUGUACUCCACCUAAAGCACCCAGUUAUGAGAGAGGAUCCUGCAGGGCUGAUGGAACCAUACCUGAACCACCAGUGUGUCGAGAGGUGAGCUGCUCCAUUCCGACAAACAUACCAAACGGCGUCAUCACCUUUGCUGUCAUCAGACCACACGGCUACAAGGAGAAGGUUAAAUACGCCUGCAAUGAGCACUAUGUUCUGGACGGCCAGGCUGAGAUUCAGUGCCAAAACACAGGAAACUGGUCAUCAAAGCCAGUCUGCAGGGCUCCCUGCACAGUUGGCAUCAAAAGAGGCCGGAUCUUCUACAAUGCCAAGAAGAUCUGGAUCGCAGACCUGAAGCCAAACAGAGUCCUGCAUGGAGAACACGUCGCCUUCUAUUGUCUGAAAAGAGCUGACAAGUGUGGCUACCCAGUGGUUAGCACCUGUAAUGACGGAUCCCUGCCCAUCCCAGAAUGCUUUGAGGAACCAGGCCAGAUCGAGUACAGGUUGAAGGCUAAAAGUCUUCCAUCAGAGAUCACCAUGUGUGCUUCUUCUCCCCCUGCGAGUCCAACAAGCUCUACAACCCCUGCAUAUGAUUAACCUCACGGAGUGAUUAAUUGCAUUGUAUGUUAUGACAGAAGCCAACUUUGUUAAUGGUCAUUGCUUAUUUUGUAAUUUUCAACUGAUGAUAAAAUAACUGCAGUAAUUAUGAAUGAAA